GGACAACACGGUUAUGACCCUGCUAUUCCAUCUAUGUGGGCGUUCUUUAUGGCCAUGGGACCUAACUUUGAGGAAAACCUCAGUAUAGAGCCUUUCGAGGACAUUCACAUCUUCCCAUUGGCUGCUCACAUACUGCAGUUGCCGGAUCCACCUAUACGACCUAACGGGACACUUUGUACUUUGCAGAAUAUUCUAAAGAAUGUUUCCUAGACUGGAGUAUUCCAAGGAACAAACGUUACUCGAAGAGUGAUUCAAAACUCGCUUCAACCGUGGAAUUUUUUACGUUCAAUCUGUGAUUUGCCGCUGAGGAGUAUCAGUUCAAUCAAAAUAAAAUCGCUUGAUACAAAAUCA